AACAGCGCGAUAUUUUUUUUCUUUUAAUCGCACAUUUCACAGCUGUGGCAAGAGUGUGUGAUUGCUGAGAUACUAACGUUAACAUCACAAUUGCAUCGCAAUUAUGUCUACAAAAAAACUGGCGAUGAAAUUAGGAUUAUUGAGGAAACGGAGCAAAACUCCAUCUGAGGCAAAGAAAUCUUUGAUAUCUAAUCAGAUAUUUUCAUACUUGAUUGUGAUUGACUUUGAGUCCACUUGCUGGAAAGAAAGAAAUAACAGUCAAGAAAUUAUUGAGUUUCCUGCUGUUCUGCUGAACACAUCAACUGGGGAAGUUGAGUCUGAGUUUCACGCCUACGUUCAGCCCCAGGAACAUCCCAUUCUCUCUGAGUUCUGCACUGAACUCACAGGGAUCACACAGGACCAAGUUGAAGCAGGUCUCCCCCUUCACAUAUGUCUGUCACGGUUCAACCGGUGGCUCCAAAGACUGCGGCUCGAGUUGGGAGUGGUGUUUCCAGACAAACUGCAGACAUACUCGGCCCCUUUACCCUCUCAGAAACUUAGUACCUUCCUUACGUGGUCAGACUGGGAUCUUGGAGUUUGUUUGCAGUAUGAGUGUAAACGCAAACAGCUUCAUAAACCUGAUGUUCUGAAUAGCUGGAUUGACCUCAGAAGCACAUACAGGCUUUUUUACAACAGGAAACCCAGAGGUCUGAAUGGGGCUCUUCAGGAUCUAGGGAUACAGUUUGCUGGGAGAGAGCAUUCUGGUUUGGAUGAUGCCCGAAACACAGCUGGGCUAGCAGCAAGGAUGAUGAGGGAUGGGUGUGUGAUGAGGAUCACUCGGAGCCUGGAGCGGACCCCAGCGGUGGUUAGUGCCCCGUUGAGAAACUCGACCCAUUCUGCAGACACCAAAGAAAAAAAGACCAUUGAUGAAAAGGGAAAUGGCCUCGCUUCCAACAAACCCAUAUCAUCCAAAAAUCCCCUCAAAGCUCCUCAAAAGCAGUCGCAUCCAAAGGACAUUACUUCAGACACUACGGGACAUUUACAUCCAGGUCAUGGAUCAGUUAAAAUGUGUCAAAGCAUCAUUUCCCCAAAGACGCUGCUGAGUAACAUGACGAACAACACCGCAUCAGUAACAGGAAAUGCUUCAUCCAUAGUCGUGACAAAUUCUACCUGGCCACACAAUAGCAGCACUAGUGUUCUGUGUUCGACCACCACCAGCUGCUUUUCAAAUCUACCUCAACCAAACCAGGACUCCCAGACGGGACUUUGGGAUGAAGAGGAGGAUGCAGAACUUCUAGUGGAAACAGAGGAGCGGUGUGGUUCAUAUGAUGAUGUGGCGUUGGCAGGUGACGAUGGUCUCGAUGAAACAGAGCGUGAAUGUGACACUGAGUAUGUAUCAGAUCUAGACAGCGGACGUUACGAGUGGGGGGAGCCACAUCUUUUACCUUCAGAAAAAGGUCUUGUCACAUUGGAGUGCAAGUUGAGAGAAACGCGGAACUCUGGACACAACGCCCAAAUGCAAAAGAUUACAUGUGACUCAUCGAUGACUUGCAAAUCUAUAAAAGGUGUUUCUAAUGACAAAAGUUCUGAAUCAUGUUUUGCUCUGCCCAAAGCUGUUAACUGGGAUCGAUACAAAACAGGACUCCUAAACUUCCCUCAACUACUUGGGCAGCAUAAAAACAAGACAAAUGUGCUCUCUCCACUCGGAUCUAAACGGUGCGUCUCAGAAAAGACUUCCGGCUCAUGCGCCAUCACUACGAGGCUCAAACCGAUCACCGUGAAACACACAGAGGCUCUGAAGUCAUCGUUUACCAUCUACACUGAGCCAACGAGGCGGUCUGCAGGGGUUUCCUGUCCCUCUUCAUCCGUCUCUCUGCAUAACCCCAACACUGUCCCCUCCAGUCUGUCAGCCAACACAGUCUCCUCCUGGGCCCGCCGCUCCAGUGCUUCAGCCGCAGCGAAAGGACCACCAAAGAUCACCUCCCCGCUGUGUUCAUGUGGUCGUCGCGCAAAACGGCAGCUUGUAUCAAACGGGGGCCCAAAUCAGGGGCGGGGGUUUUUCUGCUGUCCAGUCCGCCGCUCAGGUGGCAGAGGCCGGAUGCAAAAAGGGUGUGAAUUUUUCAAGUGGGAGUCGACUCUGAUCAAGAGUAGUUCAAGAGCUGGUCCUGCCGUGGGGGCCUCUAUGUCGCUCUGUCAGAUCAACUCCACCUUCUCCCACCCUCCACCCAACAGGCCACAGCUGCGAAAAAGCUACUGACCGGCUGGAGAAGCACCCGCACGUCCAGCAUACCUGGAUCACAGUGAUGCUGUGAUGCUUUCAGCUCCAGUUAUCUUGGUGGUCAGUUCUGAUGCCUGGUGUCUGGAAGGUUCCUGGUUCAGCUGUUCUGUGUGGAGUUUCUUAGUUUCAUGUAUUUGAGAGUCACCCCUUAGGCACCUUAGAGACAACUUCUGUUGUAAUAGACGCUAUAUAAAUUGAAUUGAAUCCUUCUUGAAGUAAAAGCUGUGAAAUGUUUAUGUAAUAACUGCUCGGGGGUCAUGUUCUGGGUAUGGGUCUCUGGAAAGCGUCUUGAGACAACUUUUGUUGUAUUAGACGCUAUAUAAAUAAAAUUGAAUUGAAUUGAAAUGAUUGACUUUAUUUAUUGAUAUUGUAAA